AAAGCUACAAAGGGACAUAAAGAGAACAAAUUUAGCUAAAGAAACCAACAACUUCUUCUUCUUCUUCUUCUUCUUCUACUGUUGCUACUACUGCCACUUUUGCUAUUUAACAUCCUUAGCCCAAAAUUUCACAUAAUCCUUUGUCCUUCUUCUUCUCCUUCUUCAGCUACUAAUAAAACAUUCUAAACCCAAAGGAAAGGAAGAAAGAGAAACUCAAAUGCUACCCUAAACUCAAAGAAAACCCAAAAUUAAGAAUUUGUAUCUGAUAUUUUUGAAAGGAAAGAGAGAUAUGCAACCUUGUAGCAGAGAAAUGCAAGGAAUAAACACACUUCUGAACCAAUCAUCAACAGCAACAACAACAUCAACAUCUCAAAUCCCUAUUCAUCAUAAUCAUCAUCAUCAUCAUCAUCAAGACCUUCAAAAUCAGCAGAUCCAGAACCCUCAUUUUGAUCCUUCUCCUUCUUCAAACGAUGAUUUUCUUGAACAGAUGCUUUCUACUCUCCCUUCUUGUUCUUGGGCUGACCUUAAAUCUCCUUGGGACCUUACAACAACAGCAAACCUUAAUUUGCCUAAACCUAGAGACUUAUCAGACGAGACGCCGCCGUCUUUACCUGACAGUAAUAAUAAUGUCGGUUUCCAUAACUUCGAUGAGUCUGUCCUUUUGGCAUCCAAGCUUAGACAACACCAAAUCAGCGGCGGCGGCGGAGGAGGAGGACCGUCUCCUGCAGCUGCUGCCGCUGCUGCUAAGUUGAUGCUUCAGCAACAGCUAAUGAUGGCGGCGGCGGCUAGAGGUGGGCUGGGUCAAAACGACGUCCUAGACGGGUUCAAGUCUCCUAAUCAGGGCGGAGACGGGUCAGUGCAGGGACUGUAUAAUGGGUUUGGUACUGGAUCUAUGCAUGGAACUGGCCAGUCCUCAAACCAGCAUUUUCACCAUCCUCAGGGAGGAGCGGCAGCGAUGCAGGCACAGAACUUUGGCAGUCCAGGAGGAGCGAUGAUGAACCAACCACAAGCAAGCGGAUCAACCGGCGGUGCACCUGCUCAACCCAGACAAAGGGUUAGGGCUAGAAGGGGUCAAGCCACUGACCCACACAGCAUAGCUGAGAGAUUACGAAGAGAAAGAAUUGCAGAGAGAAUGAAAGCUCUGCAGGAACUGGUUCCCAAUGCCAACAAGACAGACAAGGCUUCAAUGCUAGAUGAGAUCAUCGACUAUGUCAAAUUCCUCCAGCUUCAAGUCAAGGUUCUGAGCAUGAGCAGAUUGGGCGGUGCUGCUGCUGUUGCUCCCCUCGUCGCUGAUAUCUCCUCUGAGGGAGGUGGCGACUGUAUUCAAGCCAAUGCUAAUGGUGCUGCUGGUAAUGGGUCCCUUCCACGCGCCAACAACAGCAGCCAAACGCCGUCUUCUAACGACAGCUUAACAGUGACGGAACACCAGGUCGCUAAACUUAUGGAAGAAGAUAUGGGUUCCGCUAUGCAGUACUUACAAGGCAAAGGUCUCUGCCUCAUGCCUAUUUCUCUCGCCACUGCUAUUUCUACCGCCACGUGUCACAACAGGAACACCACCACCAACUCCCUUCUCAACCCUAGCAGAUUACUUCAAUCUAACGGCGAAGGUCCUUCUUCUCCUAGUAUGUCUGUUUUGACUGUCCAGUCAGCUACUUUGGGUAACGGCGGACUCGACCCUUCCGUUAAAGAUGCCGCUUCCGUUUCCAAGCCCUGAUAACGGGACGUUGACUGAGUCCCUUUUCUUUUCUCUCUCUUACUGGUUUAGUAAAUUUAAAAGAAAAACAAAAAAGAGUCUGACGUGGAGGAUUCAACGGCCGUUUCAAAGUCUACGAAAAUAAGGGGUCUUUUAUAGAAACUAGUAGUAGUGUUUCACACGACGUCGUAUUCUCGUAGACUUUGAGCUGAAGCUAACAUCCGCCGCCGCCACCACCACCAACAAGAAGAAAACAAACAAGAUUAGCCAAAUCCCAAGGACUAUGUGUUAUUAUUAUUAUUAUGAUCAUCAUCAUUUUCUUUUCUUGUAUUAAUUUUCUGGGCUUUCUAGGGUUUCUCCUUUUCUAUUAUAUUUUAUUAUAAUGUGUUUAGAGGAUAGCGAUUGAAUAUUUUAAAUUAUUGAUGUUCGCUAUCAUGAUGUUAGUAUUAUAUUAAAAAAUUAUUUUAGAAUUUUGGUUAACUUUAAUAAUUACUGAAUUAUUAUGGAUCAUAUUCAUA